GACAGAUCCCAUCACCUAAAAAUAAACAAAAACAUAUUCACCCCUAAAGCAUCUCUAUUCUCCUCUCCAUGCGCAUAAUAAAAACCCUGAGACUAUACUAUUCCCUUUGUUUUCUGAUAUAUUCCCUUUUUCUCAAGCUGUAAUUGCUUAGCUAGCUAGCUAGGUAGGGACAUCUCUCUCUCUCUCUCUCUCUCUCUCUCUCUCUUGGCUAUAGCUAUAUGCAGCAGCUUGGAGAAGAGACCUCCUCCGGCGAGGCCGUGCCGGCGCAUGACGGCGGCGAGGUGAUUAUGGUGGAUGCAAAUUCCGGUGAAGAGAAGGGAAUAAAGGAGGGUGUUGCAGAAGAAGAAGGUGACAAGAUCGGCAACUCAUGUGGUGGAAACAGAUGGCCCCGCCAAGAAACUUUGGCACUCUUGAAGAUAAGGUCUGAUAUGGAUGCUGUAUUUCGAGAUUCAAGUCUUAAGGGUCCACUUUGGGAAGAAGUUGCAAGAAAACUAGGAGAACUGGGUUAUCACCGAAGCGCAAAGAAGUGCAAGGAGAAAUUCGAGAAUGUAUACAAAUACCACAAAAGAACCAAAGAGAGUAGAAGUGGGAAACAUGAAGGGAAAACCUACAAGUUUUUCGAUCAAUUACAAGCCCUUGAAAACCAAUUCUCAGUCUCUUACCCGCCAAAACCACAACCCACUUUGGCAACAACAAACACAGUGGCAUUACCACCACCAACAAGGCCUAGUGACACAAUAGCAAUCUCUUAUGUCACCACCACUGUUCCAUCCACAAACCCUACAGUCAUAUCUCCCUCGCCACCACCACCAACCAAUGCCACCACAACCACCAUCACUUCUCCAACAGUAGUAACCAACUCUAGAAACCCAUCACAACCCAACCACAAUAACAACACCACCAACAACAACAUCCCUUUUUCUUUGCCCAACAUGAACAAUCUUUUCUCAACCACUUCAACCUCUUCUUCCACUGCUUCAGAUGAAGACUUGGAAGAGAAGUACAGAAAGAAAAGAAAGUGGAAGGACUACUUCAGAAGGCUCACGAGGCAGGUCUUGGCCAAGCAAGAGGAAAUGCAGAAAAGGUUCUUGGAAGCCAUAGACAAAAGGGAAAGAGACCACGUGGCACAACAAGAGUCUUGGAGGAUGCAGGAAAUGACAAGAAUCAAUAGAGAACACGAACUUCUUAUCCAAGAAAGAUCAUCAGCGGCAGCAAAAAAUGCAGCAGUCAUUGCAUUCUUGCAAAAACUAUCUGGUCAGCCGCAAAAUCCCACAACACAGGCCGGUGCCAAUUUCCUUCAACCACCGCCGCCGCCGCCGCCGCCCCCACCUGUAUCACAAACACAACCACAACAGCAAGUUCCACAAGCACCACUUGUGAUGUCAAAUAACAACAACAAUAUUGAAAUUCAAAAAUUGAAUAAUGGUCACAGUGCUAUUACUACUACAGCUUCUACUCCAUUGAACUCUUCUUCCAGGUGGCCAAAGUCAGAAGUUCAUGCUUUGAUAAGGUUGAGGACGAGUCUUGAAGCCAAGUAUCAAGAAAAUGGACCAAAGGCUCCACUGUGGGAGGAUAUAUCAGCAGGGAUGUUGAGGCUCGGCUACAACAGGAGUGCCAAAAGAUGCAAAGAGAAAUGGGAGAACAUCAACAAGUACUUCAAGAAAGUCAAGGAGAGUAACAAGCAAAGGCGUGACGAUAGCAAGACAUGUCCCUAUUUUCAUGAACUUGAUGCUCUAUACAAAGAAAAGAGCAGAUUUGGUGUUUCAUUCCACAAUAUGAAGCCAAAUGAGAUGAUGGAGCCUUUGAUGGUGCAACCGGAGCAGCAAUGGAGACCUCCCUCUCAAUAUGAAGAGAAAGAGAACAAUGAAAGUCAAUAUGAAACAAAAGAAAGAGAGGAAGAAGAUGCAGAAGAAUUCGAAGAAGAAGAUGAUGAUGAUGAUGAUGACAAUGAAGAGGGAGAGAGUGUGGAAGAUGAAGGAGGUAACCGUUAUGAGAUUGCGACAAAUAAACUUUCUUCAGUGGACACCGUUGAAUGAGACAAGAUAAGGAAGUUUCUGAUUGGAUGGAGGGUUUAAUUUCUAUUUUUAUUUUUUUGGAUUUUAAUAAUUUUUUAUUUUAUUUUCAAUUUGGGAUUAGGAGAUGUCACUGAAAGUUUGUCAUAGCAUAUAGUCACUAAAGGGCAUGCCACAAACACCUGCACUAAAAAAUUCAAUUCUUUAAUAAUGACCCAUCUAAAAGCAUGGUGCUGCACAAGGUACCUAUCUGACACACUUUCUGAUCAUGGGCCAGCUUAAAAGCAGAUCAUUGGAGUUGUGGGUCACAUUCCGGCCGCCAUGAACUGGGAUCAGAGAUUUAAAGAUCGUUAACACUAAGAACAGUUCACAUGGGCCAGCAAAGCAGAAGCUAUAGUGGGUGUACAUGUUUUAGACUCGUAAAUUUAUGUGUAAAGUGUAAAUUGAAGAUGACAGAGAGAGAAAAUGAGGUCCCCAAUAGGAUUUUAAUAAAAUAAAAAAGUCACAUGC